AUGAAAAAUUUGCUCGGUUUGAUUUAUUUAGCAAAGGAAAUUAUCUGUGCUGGAUAUGAAUCAGAUGAAAUAGAAGUAAUGUACCACAACAUUCUGAUACCUAAUGACCACAUCCCAUUCCAAAACAACAAGAUAAAAUACACUUAUUUCAAGCCGUACCUAACAAAACUGAAGGGCAUAUUAAUGAUGUAA